AAUUCCGGUUUCGACUUGAAGCAGACGUCUCUUUCCGUUUCUUUUUGAGGGAAAGCAGACGUCUCUUUUCAAUCUGGAGGUAUAUGUAUAUAUAUAUAUGUCACGCGAGGUCCUGGUUUCAAUAGAUCCGUGGUUGCAAAGCCUUGUGCUUUCGUAGGAGAGAGGCCUUGUCAACGAUGGAUUUGGCCGAGAAUUCGAUCGUGUCCGCGGCUUUCCCGCUGCUGGUGCUUGCGCCGCCGCCAGAUUCAGAUUGUUCGUCGUACAAGGUCUUCAGUUUACCCGAGCAGAAGCUUCAAGAUGUAACUUCGUCGGUGUCGACUAAGAAGGUAUGCUUUGCGACGCCGCAAGGCUGGGUCCUGGUCCUGAGCUCCUCCGAUUCCUCGCCAGAAGACGCAGGGACCCAUCUCCUGAACCCUAAGGACGGAUCAAAAAUCGAGCUUCCGACUCUCAAGGACGACGAGGUCCCGUGGACGUGCAGGGUAUUGCCCGAGUCAUGAGGCACGCAGGCCCUCGAUCCUAUACACGUGGGCAUGCAUAACAACCCAUUACAACACAACUCAACACCCCCCUCAGCCGGAACGCCAUUGGCAUGGACGUUGAGGCUGGACCGGAACUCGUGGAACACCGGAGAUGGCAAGCUUUUUGUGAACAAAUCAGCAAAUUGGGAGCUCGAGGGGACGUGCAAGACCCGUACAUCACCGAAGGCGACGCGAUCACAUACAAAAUGAAGGUCUAUCUCGAUGUGUUUGGUACGUUGAUGCCAGGGCCGGCCCUGUGUUUCGGGAGGCCCUAGGCGAACUCGACGACAUGGGCCCCUAUGUCCUAAGUCCUAAGACAAUAUAUAUGUAUGCGUGUGUUAUAUAUAUAACUUAU